AUGGACGCACCUGCCGCAAUCCAACAGCUUCGCCAAGGGCAAAAGCCACAGUGGCCAACAAACGCCGAAUCAGCAGACUUUGCGCAUUCGCUCGACCAAAGUGCAGACAUUCCCAAGACGUUCCGACCCGAGUUUGUUGUUCCCAGCAAGGCGCAACUAAAGCGGAAAACCCUGAACGAUGACGCACAAACCGCCAACCCUGCAUCAACACCAGACGACGAGGCCAUCUACUUCUGCGGCAACUCCCUGGGUCUGCAACCGAAAGCUGUUGGCGAGCACUUGAACGCAUACCUAAAGACAUGGGGAUCCAUCGCGGUUGGCGGUCACUUCACCGCCCUCGAGGAUUCGCCGCUCACACCCUACCAAGACAUGGCUGCUGGUUGCUCAAAGAAGAUGGCUGACAUCGUCGGAGCAUCACCUUCGGAAAUCGUUGCCAUGAACACAUUGACCAUCAACCUGCACCUGAUGAUGGCUGCAUUCUACAAGCCGACAGAGAAGAAGCACAAGAUUAUGUGCGAGUGGCGACCUUUCCCCAGCGACUGGUAUGCGAUCGAGUCGCAAAUAGAAUGGCACGGUCUUGACCCGAAGAAGUCUAUGCUACUGGUCGAGCCGGACGACGGAUACAUAAUGACCACAAAGAACAUCCUCAGGCUAAUCGAUGAGAAUGUCGAUGAGCUGGCGCUCAUCAUGCUGCCCGGUAUCCAGUACUACAGCGGCCAAUUACUCGACAUCCCCACCAUCACCGCACACGCACGCAAGCACAACAUCACCAUCGGAUGGGAUCUGGCACACGCUGCUGGGAACGCCGAGCUAAAGCUACACGACUGGGAUGUCGACUUUGCAUGCUGGUGCACGUACAAGUACAUGAACGCCGGUGCCGGUUCCAUUGCCGGUGCUUUCAUCCACGAGAAGCACGGUAACAACGACCACUACAAGGGGCUGAAGGGCUGGUACGGCCACGACAAGUCAUCACGCUUCCUCAUGGACAACAAGUUCGUUCCUACACCCGGCGCGCAGGGCUUCCAAUGCUCAAACCCAUCGAUCGUCGACCUCACAUGCUUAGCCGGUUCGCUCAGCCUCUUCGAGAAGACAUCCAUGGCUGACCUGCGAUCGCGAUCUCUGCUCCUCACCGCAUACGCUGAGCACCUCCUCGCACAGAUCGCGGCGCGCAACAUCAAGGACGGCAAAUUCCCCUUCGAGAUCAUCACACCCACAGAUCCCCGCUUCCGCGGCGCUCAACUCAGCGUACUGCUACCAGAAGACGUCUUUGACGAUGCAAGCGCGGCGCUAGUGGAGAAUGGUGUUGUCUGCGACAAGAGGAAACCAGGCAUCAUUCGUGUUGCGCCGGUACCAAUGUACAACACCUUCAGUGAUGUUUGGCGGUUUAUGCAGAUCUUCGAGGAGGCGAUACGGGAAAAGGGUCAAGGGCAGCCUCAGGAGCAGCAGUCGCAAGGGACGGCGGUUGAGGCGAGGUUGUAG